AUGGAUAAGUAUGAGAAGCUCGAAAAAGUAGGAAAAGGGACUUACGAGAAUGUGUACAAGGCCAAGGACAAGGUUACGGGUCAACUGGUGGCCCUCAAGAAAACAAGGCUGGAGAUGGAUGAAGAGGGCCCUCCGCGAAGUGUCCCUCCUCCAAAUGCUUCCCUAGUUGCUCAUAUUGUUGACGGAAGCAAGAAAGAUGGCAAUGGAAAACCCCUACUUUACCUUGUUUUUGAGUACCUCGAUACUCACCUCAAGAAGUUCAUUGACUCCCACCGUAAGGGUCCCAACCCCCGCCCCCUACCCCCAGCCCAAAUUCAGAGCUUCCUCUUCCAGCUCUGCAAGGGUGUUGCACAUUGUCAUAGCCACGGAGUACGUCACCGAGAUCUCAAGCCUCAGAACCUUCUUGUUGACAAGAAUAAAGGAAUCUUAAAGAUUGCUCAUCUUGGAUUAGGCAGAGCUUUCACUGUCCCUCUCAAGAGCUAUACUCAUGAGAUUGUCACCCUGUGGUACAGAGCUCCAGAGGUUCUCUUGGGAUCUACCCAUUAUUCUACCGGUGUUGAUAUGUGGUCUGUCGGUUGCAUUUUUGCUGAGAUGGCAAGAAGGCAAGCUUUAUUUCCAGGGGAUUCUGAGUUCCAACAACUGCUCCACAUAUUUAGGUUGCUGGGUACACCAAGUGAGAAGCAGUGGCCGGUUGUGUUUUCACUGCGAGAUUGGCAUGUGUAUUCUCAAUGGGAGCCGCAGGACUUGGCACGACAUGUUCCAUCAUUGGGUCAAGAUGGUCUUGACCUUCUAUCUGUGAGUUCCAGGGCUUAA